UUGGAACAGAAUACACUAGCCCCGAGGCGUGAAUACACAAAGAGGAAAUACUUAAUAUUGCACUAGUUUUUAGUUGUAAAUAAGUGAGGGCACUUCAAAAUUGGAUCCAUAUGUGAACUGUGUAAACUGAUCGAUUUAUUAAAAUUAGAACCUCCGAUAAGCCAUCAUGGGGAAAAAUUGCUGUGGUAAAGUGUACGUUCAGAUGAGGAGUAACCGAGCAGUGCAGAUCUUUGUUUUCCUCAUUAUGCUCGGUUUAAACAUUGCUGACUUAACAAACGACUGGCUUUUAUACCAUGAUGUAGCGGCUGCUGAGGAGGGAUUGGCCUUUGGACCCACGGAGGAAAGUGUUCGCAUUGCCCUUCUAUUUUUCUCCAUUGUCGGUGCUGUGAUUUUUACUUUUGAAAUAAUAAACUUUGGGAAGGACAUUUUCUCUGGGGUUCCUUGGGUGGAUAUGGACAUAGCUUCUGCUGUGGUGAUUUGGUUUGAGGAUAUUCCACAAAUCACGAUAAGUCUUGUGAUCCUAGCUUGCCGAGAAGAGGCCAUCAGUGUUUUUCAGCUUGGUAAAGCCUCUGUGGUUAUUCUGGGGGCCAUUAUGCGGCUUUUUGUUGGCAUUGUGUUUGCCUGUCGCAGAAGAUCGGAAGAGGUUCAGUGUGUCAUCAAAAGCAAGGGCACAAAAAAUGUAGACUGUAAAAGACAAAAGCAUCCAGUUAUCCGAUUUUUCAUGUUCCUGGGGCUAACUCUUCUAGUCUUGGGCUCGGGUCUAAUUUUCAUCUUCACCCAAACCACUUGGAAGCACAGUGAAUUUUUAGAAUUUCAGAAACCUAAGUCCUUGUUUGAAGGAGAGUAUAUAGAUGAGCAUUACUUUCAGCGAGCUGGAAUAUAUGGAAACAUUGGUUUCUUGGACAUUGGUAAUAAAACUGACCAAAAUUCUCCAUCAGAAGAUCACUGGGUGCGUCUGUUUGAAAUUCAUGACCUACGCCACAGACACAACACCAUCAUUAUCACCCUGGAAUUCUCGAAUGACAGAAAAUAUCUCCAAGUCACAAAAAUUAUUCCCAAUUAUAACAAAACUAUGAACUGCUUCAAUAUAGAAAUGAAUGGAAAUAGUGAGGUACAUGUCUCAUCUGACCCAUCUUGCUCUGGAACAUCUUCAAUGACCUCUAAAACUCACAAGAUCAUCUUCAAAUUCCAAUACGUCUCCCCGACCAGUCACCUCAUCCUAGGUGACAUCAUCUACAAUGUCAAAGGCACAGUGAAUGGCAGUUGUGAACAGGGAUCCGUCAGUGAGGACCCUGACACUGGGAACAGCUACAUUAUGAUUGGAAACUUCACCACUGCCCUAAGGUACUACCAAGUCAAAGAGGACUACAAGCACAGUGACUACUUGAUAGCAGACAAUUCCACCACAACUAGUCGUAUGCUGAAGUUUUACUCCCCACAGCUCCAUCUGGUGGACAUCACCUCGGUGUGGAAAACUGGCUUCAUUGGUUGUAAAUAUUCAGGCAGUGUUUCUCCACACCAGAAUUCUGAACUGUCUGUAGACUGUGAUGUUUAAUUCAAAACUAUCCUUAAAGGAUAAAGCUAAUACUUACAUAUAUCAUCAACUUGAAGAGCUCAAAAUUUAUAUUCUUUGAAAUUUCUGUAGAAAUGUUUAGUUUCAAAUCUUUAAAAAUGGUAUAGCAGAUAAAGCCCAAAAUCUGUUUUCAUGUAAGUGUAUGCAUGAAAUACCAAAUUUUAGUUCUCAGUUCAUUUACUUAUUUUCUAGCUCUGAAAGUCAGCUAGUCUAUACCAUUAACAGUAUUACCCAUGGAUACUUCUUAAGGCAUUUUUUUUAUUCAGCUUUCUUUUAAACUCUUUUUUAUGUACAUGUACAUAAUUAUACUUCAGAGAGACCUAUACUGUUUAACCAGACAUUUUAAUCUUUUUUUCUUUAAGUUCACCAAAGUCAAAGGCUUUUAAGUAUUAAAUGCUAUGAAAGCAUCCUUUCAUUUGUUACAUUUAUUUAAAUAUGAUCCAGUUAAAGGUCCUUGGGACCAGUGUGGGACCAUAUGGGGGGAGGAGGCUUAAGUCUUAAAGAUUUCUUUUAGAGCAAUUCAGCUCUGGGGACCUUUGUGGCCUAUUGUUUCCCUUGGAUUUGUAAUAAACCUGUUUUUAAUAAGGAAGGUGAAUGAUAUAAUCAUUUACCAAUAAAGAUGUUUAUUUUUGCAUCCGAGGUCAGAGACCUCUGUAUACAGCUAAUGACCACACACACACACACAGCUUUAGUUAAUCAGGUGUGGCCAGGUAAACAUUUGAUUGAUACCUGUAGUUCUAAAGUUUGGGGGUAGAAGCAUGUGUAGAAUAAAAUAUUUUUUUCUUUAUGAACCUUUCGCAUCAAAUAUCGUAUUCUUUACAAAAGAAUCCCUAUGCUCAUAUGGUCAGCUACCAAUUUUUCUGUGAACUGUCGUAAUAAAAAAAGUGAGUAGAAUCAAUUGAAAUUCAAAGACUACUCUGCCCAUUAACUUAUGUCAAUAUGUGCAUAGCAUUAUUAGCAAUUCAUUUGUUUUUAAUAUGUUCUGAAGAGAGAGAGAAUAUACUUGAAACCAUUAUUGUACAUGACUGUAUAUAAAUUGUAAUGGUACUUCGGAUGAACAAAUUAUUUCUUAAUUAAGUCAAAUGACUUUUAAUCCAUUUUAUCAAAACAGAUUUUAAAACUUGUAUGGAGGGAAAAAAGUGACGUGGUUUUUAUUACUCUACACUUUGAACACCUCAUGAAUACACAAAUCAAUACUUAACACUGAACAAAAAAAAAUGUAUUUUGCCGAGAAGAAAACUGACAUAAAAAGUUCAAUCUCCUAUUUAAUACUUGGAAACAACAGCAUUACCAUGGUCAUCAAAAAAAUCAUCUUUUUCAAUGUUCAUCCAAAUGAAAAAAGUCACAUGAUGUUGAAGGGUUCUUCCAUCAAUGUGACACUUUGAUCAUGUGUUUUACCAUUGCUCUGCCUUUCAGAAAUCAAGCCGUUACAAAUACUCAAAUGACAUUUUAAAAUGCCUUUAAUUUCUUACAUAAAAGGGCAAUACUUUCUCUCUAUAAAAUAUAUUUUGAUUUUCUUUCAUGUCUUGUUAAUCAUUCAAAAUGAAACAACUGAGUUUUCCUACAGUUUCAUGAAAAAUGUGUUCAAGUUUUAUACUUAAGUAAAGUACUUAUUUUAAUGGAAGUAUUUUUCAGAAGUGUACUUUUGAAUCAAUUGUACUUUACUGGUGUCAAUUCAGAUUUUAGCAAAUGCUUGUUAACUGAAGAAUAAAGAUCACAAAACACU